AAAAUAAAAUAAAAUACAUGUGGGUUUCUUUUCUCUUGUUGGCCUAUUCGUGAAACUACAUCAUCAUCUCCAUUUUCUCUUUCUAGGGUUCCAUUUUCUUUCUCUUGCGUUUCAAUCUUCCAUUCCAUCUAAGAGCUGCAAAUGGAAGCAGCGGCGGCGGCGGCGGCGGCGGCACCCUUCCUCGCAUCAUCGUCCGGUCUGUGUAAGCCAUCAGUUUCCGUCGGAAGACCCUCCACGUUGGCCUUUCAUUCCAAUUUUCGGUUCUCCAGUAAGCGGCUACGCACAUCUUUAUCUAUCCCCAAGCAAGGCCAUGGGAGAUUCUCAGUGGGAAGUAGAAGGGGUUUUGUAGUUAGGGCUUCAUCAUUGUCUCCAGAGUCAUCUGAACCAAGUCCUAGUUUUGCUCCACUUAAGCUGGAGUCUCCAAUCGGGCAGUUUCUCUCUCAGAUUUUGAUAAGUCACCCGCAUCUUGUGCCUGCUGCUGUAGAGCAGCAGCUGGAGCAAUUCCAAACUGAUUGUGAUGGUGAUAAACAAAAGGAAGAGCCUUCUGCUUCAGGCACUGACUUAGUUUUGUACAGGAGAAUCGCUGAGGUUAAGGCUAAAGAGAGGAGAAAAGCUCUAGAAGAGAUAUUGUAUGCAUUAGUGGUGCAAAAGUUUAUGGAUGCCAAUGUUUCUCUGAUACCCUCCAUAAUCCCAAACCCUUCUGGUCCGGUUGAUUCAUGGCCAAGUGAAGUUGGAAAACUGGAGGAGCUUCACUCACCUGAAGCCUAUGAGAUGAUCCAAAGUCAUCUUGCUCUCAUUUUGGGUAACCGUUUAGGGGAUUCAACGUCUGUAGCUCAUAUCAGCAAAAUCAGAGUAGGACAGGUCUAUGCAGCUUCUGUAAUGUAUGGGUACUUUCUUAAGCGGGUUGUCCAAAGGUUCCAGUUGGAGAAGACUAUGAAAAUUCUUCCUAAUGCAGUAGAAGAGAAUAGCAUUCAGCAAACUGUUGUAGAUGAUUCAAGAAUCAGUGCUGGAGAGGUCCCUUCUCAAGUAAUGUCCAAUCCUGAAGUUUCUUCUUUGCCUGAUGGUCGCAUCAGCUCGGGGGGAUCUGGUUAUGGUACAAAAGUGUCACGGUUGCGGUCCUAUGUGAUGUCCUUUGAUAGUGAGACAUUACAGAGAUAUGCGACAAUAAGAUCCAAAGAGGCUCUCAGCAUCAUUGAGAAGCACACAGAAGCAUUGUUUGGAAGACCUGAAAUUGUUGUAACACCGAAGGGGGUAAUUGAUUCUUCGAUGGAUGAAAACAUCAAAAUUAGUUUUGGUGGUUUGAAGAGACUUGUUUUAGAAGCUGUUACUUUUGGUUCUUUUCUCUGGGAUGUUGAGAGCUAUGUCGAAUCAAGGUACCAUUUUGUCCUAAACUGAGUUCUACUCAGUCCCAUGCAACCCAUAGGCAAAGUUUGGAUGGUAUUGGUACUGACUAUUCUACUGGUACAAUUAAGGUACAAAUAUUUUUCACCUGUUUGAUCAGUGACAGUGGACCUGAUUUUCACUAAGAAUGAAAGGAUACAAUAAAAUUAGAUAUUCCCACAUUUGUUUAUCCUUUGUUAUCUUUGUCGGAGCAUUAAGUGUUAAACCGAAAACUCAUCAAAAUUCAAAAAUUAUGUAUGGCUGUUGUAACAAUUAUGACGGUUGGACGGUAUUAAUACUUCCUUUUAGUAUGAUGUACAGUUUAGCUAUUUUUUGACCAAUGGAUACACAAUUCUUGAGCUAGACAAUGUUAAGUCGCGAGAUGUUGAUAAUAUUCUUUU